GUGCGAUGGUUCCAAGAGGUUCUUGUGCUCGUGUCGGAGCGCUCGCGCUCGCACUUGCUCUCUCUGUCAUCACUCCCAGAGUGAGUGGAAAUGGAGGAGGGGGGUUAUGCCCGGCUAGCUCCUCUACUACAGACCGGUCCCCGGUGUGUGGACACAACCCCCAGGGUGGCUACCAGACAUUCUCCAGCAUAUGUUCUCUGUUGUGCAGUGCGGGCGAUUGGAACUUAGCUCACGUUGGAGACUGCAAGCCCAGAGAGCUCGACGACCACUGCCGCCCGGACUACCUCCCUGUCUGCGGAUACAGCCCGACCAAGGGAUACAAGUCUUUUACCAACAUGUGCUACCUUUAUCUGGAGAACGGCUGCAGUUACGGAGAUUAUACGUUGGCUCACCAAGGAAUGUGCACGAAUAACGAAGUGCCACCUGCCGUAUGCCAGGUCAAGUGUGAGCGCCUAUACCAGCCGGUGUGCGGUUACAGUGCUUCCAGAGGGUACCGGACCUUCCCGUCAGAGUGCUCGCUAGGGCUAGAGAACUCCUGCCAUCACGCUGAUUACGUACAAUGCCAUUCUGGAGAAUGUUCGAAAGAAGAAAUUGAAAAGAACUGCAAACGAACUUGUCCGCAAGUCGUCAUUCCCGUGUGUGGCAAGAGUCCCACCAGAGGUUACAAGACCUUCACCAACGUCUGUCUCUUCUUCUUGGAUAACAGUUGUCCAACACUAGGUGGAGAUUACGACCUGGCUCACACAGGAGAAUGCACGAAAGAAGAGAUUGACAAAUGUUGCCAGCCAGGGUUCUGCCCUACAUCUUACAGCCCAGUCUGUGGUCUCAGCCCUACCAAGGGAUACUCUACGUUCGACAACACGUGCUUCCUCCACUUCGAGAACAACUGUAACAACGGAGAUUUUGCGCUACAACAUUCUGGUCCAUGCACAAGAGAAGAGAUCAAUAAAUGCCAAGUCUCCUGCACGUUACAGUAUGAACCUGUGUGUGGACUCAGUCACAAGAAAGGGUACAAGACUUUUGGGAAUAGAUGCUCCCUGACUCAAGAAAAUACAUGUUUUAAGGACGAUUACGUUUUGGAACAUGACGGGGAGUGUUCGAAGGAAGAGCUUGAGACGAUCUGCACUGCAGGCUUCUGCACAUCAACACCAGAGAGCCCCGUGUGUGGAAUGAGCCCCACCAGGGGUUACUUAACGUUCCCCAACGAGUGUUAUCUCCAUGCAGAGAACACAUGCAACUACGAAGAUUUUGCUGUAGCUCACACUGGCGUGUGCACCAAAGAGGAACUGGGGAAGAUCUGCACUGCUGAGUGCUGUGCUGAUGUACCACUGGCGCCGGUCUGUGCACUCAGUCCUGCUAAGGUUCAUCACACUUUCAAGAACCUGUGCUAUCUCAAUGCGGAGAACAUGUGCAAAGAUGCAGGUUAUGAGUUCAAACAUAAUGGCAAAUGCACCAUUCCUGAAGUGAAAGGACAAUGUCCGCUCUCGUGCACUGAGGAGUACAAGAGUGUUUGCGGGUACAGUGGCACGUACGGGUACAAGACAUUCUCCAACAAGUGUGUGUACGAGUUGGAGAUUAACUGCUACUUCACCGAUUAUGAAAUCGUUCAUGACGGGGAUUGCACUGAACAAGAACUGGGAAAGAACUGCGAACUGCAAUGUUCGAAAGAUUACCGGCCGGUCUGUGGUCUGAGUCCUACAGUCGGCUACAAGACCUUCACUAACAAGUGUAUCUUCGUCCAAGAAAUUUCUUGUCUCGGUAAAGAUUACGUCUACAAACAUGGAGGAGUAUGCAAAGUCCCGAAUGUCCCACCAGGUUGUCCUGCCAGCUGUACUAAAGAGUACAACCCGGUCUGUAGCUUCAGCCCUUCGACAAAAACCUUCAAGACCUUUUCUAACAAGUGUCUGUUGGCAGCUCACAACAAAUGCAGUACCUCAGAUAAUGAUUACUUGUUAGUUCAUUCUGGGGAAUGCACGAAUCAUGAGACCCAGAACGACUGCAAUCGGAAUUGCGGAGACCUGUACAGUCCAGUAUGUGGCAUCAGUCCUACGGCCGGAUACAAGAACUUCAAAAACAUAUGUUUGUUCGUCAAGAGCAUUACAUGUUCCGGUUCAGAUUACAGCCUUGCUCAUGAGGGAUCUUGUACAGUCCCGGAAGGGCCGGUGCAGGGAUGCCCAGUGAUCUGUACUCAAGAGUACAGACCUGUCUGCGCCUUCAGCUCCAGCAAGAAGUCCUUCAGAACCUUCUCCAACCUCUGCCAACUGGAAGGAUCAAACAAGUGCAAGUACGACAGUGAUUACAUUUUCGUUCACUCAGGAGCUUGUACUGAAGGGGAACUGGGAAACAACUGCUCUAGGACCUGCGUUGGACAAGAGGGUGCCCCCGUGUGUGCCGUUAGUGGUACUCGAGGUUACGCCACCUUCAGCAGCCUGUGUGAUCUCAUUUUGAGCACAAACUGUCGUUCUUCAGAUUAUCAACUCUCCCACACAGGAAACUGCAAGUCACCUCCAGGACAACCUGAAGGCUGCCCAAUCCUCUGUUCCAGCCUCAGCUCUCUCGGACCCAUAUGUGCGUUCAGCCUCUCCAGCCACAAGUUCAAAUCCUUCAUCAGCGAGUGUGUAUGGAAGGCUGGCAACAAGUGCUACUAUGAUAAUGAUUACGUAAAAGUCCAUUCCGGCGAGUGCACUAUUGAGGAGAUUGAAAGUAACUGUACUUGUACUUGCGACGAAAAUUACAACCCCGUAUGUGGUCAUAGUCCUACAUUAGGGUACAAGUCUUACCAAGAUAUUUGUUCCUUCAUUUUAGAUGUCUCCUGUCUUGGCUCAGAUUUCACAUUUUCUUCCCAAGGAGUUUGCGUUAGUCGAGAAGUGCCGCCUGUGAACUGCUCGGCGCCUUGUCCCCUGUCUCUCAACUCUGUAUGUGGGUACGAUACUGUGUGGAGAACCUUCAAGACGUUCGCCGGAGACUGCGAACUGCAAGUAGAAAACAGCUGCAACAACGGGAAUUACGUGUUGGCACAUUCUGGCAGUUGUACGUCUGAAGAGACGGGAAACAAUUGUCAACGCACCUGUUCUAAAGAAAGAAAUCCUGUAUGCGGUCUCAGUCCAACCUUAGGCUACAAGACCAUAAGUAACAUAUGUUUGUUCAUUCUUGAAACCUCGUGUUAUGGUGCUGACUAUGUUUUGGAUCAUCCUGGAGAGUGUACAUCAGAAGAAAAAGGAAAGAAAUGUCAUGAAAAAUGCACCACCGAGUACAGCCCUGUGUGUGGGAGGAACCCACGUAAAGGUUACAUGACGUUCCCUAACCUGUGCGAACUGGAGGUUGCGAACAAGUGUAGCUAUGCAGAUUACUCCUUAGUCCACGAUGGAAAAUGCACUGAAAAAGAGCGAGGUGGUGUGUGUAACCAUAUCUGCCCCCUUAUAUACGACGCAGUGUGUGGCUACAGCUCUAUAAAAGGAUAUAAAACCUUCGCCAGCACAUGCUUCAUGGAUAGAGAAAACAGCUGCACAUACUCAGAUUAUACUGAAACUCACAGUGGGAAGUGUACACCGGAGGAGCUAGGAAACAAAUGUAAUCGUAUUUGCGAAUUGGUCUAUUCUCCUGUGUGCGGAAAUAGUCCCAAGAAGGGAUACAAAACCUUUCCAAACUUUUGCCUUCUGGAUAGAGAAAACAGCUGUGAUUAUCAAGACUUUGGGGUUGUUCACAAUGGUGAAUGCUUCGCCUGGGAACUAUGUGUAAACUGCGGCUAGAUCACUAAAAGUCUACUGUAUACCGUUGUUAACUCGUAUUUUAUGUUUAUUGUAAACUUUCCAAAAACUUUUUGAAUUUAGCUAACACAAAGUCAAUUUAAAAAUAUAACAUUUACUACAAUAUGUAACGAUCGUAUAAAACUACAAAUUAAAAUAUG